UUAAAAUCUCCAAAACAAUGAGAACCUCUCAAUCCAUGCCUGCCCCUUACAGCCACCCGUCCAUCUCCCACUCCAAGACACCAAAAAAGAAAGAGAAAAAUCGUUCAUUUCCUGCAGAGCCAAGCCAUGGCUGUCUGUAAGAGCCUCCACCCCAUCUUUGAGAACCCAUUGCCUGAAAAUCAAACCCUUCUCGAGUCACUCACGUCCUCAUGGACCCACAACGUUAAGCCUGUGGGGCAGAGUCUGCAACUCUGCACAGAGGGAUUGGGGUCAGAAAGCUCGGAUGAUGUUGAAAAUGAAAAUUGGGAAAUCAAAGAAGGGAAAGUGGGGAUUGGUUGUGUCAAGCACGCUGCAUCACGGAUGAGUACCAAAGCUUUGCCUCCGCCUUUGUCUUUCAUGGGAAGGAGUGGAAAGGGUGGGGUUUGCUUCAUAUCGUACAGGGAAGAUGGAAGGUUGGUGUUGAAAGAAGUAAGAAUUGGGUGUCGGGAAUUUGUAGAAGCUCGAAGAGAGGAUGGGCGGCUGAAGCUGCAAAUUGUUCAACCCAAUGAGGAAGAUGAAGAUGAAGAGGCAGAGGAAGAUGAAGAACAUGAUGAUGUAGAAGCAGAGACACCCUCGUCCUCUGUUGUGUAAGCUGUUCUGUUCUGUGUAUGGUUUUCAAGAAAAACAAGUGUAAGAGAACUGUCAAAUCUUCUUUCUUCUGUUGUUCUUGGUUACUGGUAAACUGGAUGAUGUUAAGAGCAAUA